AAGUUUCCGUUCCUGCCCCUCUGGACGCUUCCCCGGCCCUGAUUGGCUCUGGGGCAGCGCGGCCUUUGCUCUUUCCGCGGUGAGUCUGGUAUAACAGCGACCCCGCCGGCUGCGCGGCCCGCGGAGGUGCCCGCCCAGGUGGCCGGCGGGGCAGGGGGAGCGCGGGGACCAGGAGGCAGACACGGCCCAGACACCCCACAAGUCCACCGGCACCCCGAGGCCGCGGGACCCCAGGCGGGGAGAGGGGGGUCCCCAGCCCCGCGCCCCCGAACCCGCGAUGGCGGGCGAGGCCCGGGCCGGCGGGGACACGGCGCUGCGCCGCCUCCUGAGGCUGCACCGCACCGAGAUCGCCGUGGCCGUGGACAGCGCCUUCCCGCUGCUGCACGCGCUGGCCGACCACGACGUGGUCCCCGAGGACAAGUUCCAGGAGACGCUGAGUCUGAAGGAGAGGGAGGGCUGCCCACAGGCCUUCCAUGCGCUCCUCUCCUGGCUCCUGACCCAAGACGCGGCUGUCAUCCUGGACUUCUGGAGGGUUCUCUUCAAGGACUACAAUCUGGAGAGAUAUGCCCGGCUGCAGCCCAUCCUAGACAGCUUCCCCAAAGAUGUGGACCUCAGCCAGCCCCGGAAGGGGAGGAAGCCCCCGGCUGGCCCCAAGGCCCCAGUGCUGCUGCCCAGGCCCCCCACCAAGAGGAAGGCUCUGGAGGAGCCACGGGCCACCCCAGCGGCAGCCUUGUCCCCCAGGGGCACCUCCAGCCCAGGCUCCCAAGGGAAGGCCAAGCCCCCCAAGAAGCCAGAGAGCAACGUGGAGCCGCAGCGCCUCCCGCUGGGCAACGGAAUUCAGACCAUGUCCACUUCGGUCCAGAGAGCCAUGGCCGUGUCCUCUGGGGACGUCCCUGGAGCCCGCGGAGCCGUGGAGGGGAUCCUCAUCCAGCAAGUGUUUGAGUCAGGGGGCUCCAAGAAGUGCAUCCAGGUUGGGGGGGAGUUUUACACUCCCAGCAAGUUCGAAGACCCCGGUGCAGGGAAGAACAAGACCCGCAGCGGCGGCCUGAAGACCCUGGUCCGAGCCAAGGGGACCCAGGCUGCUGCUCCUGGUGGAGGCGAUCCGAGGGCAGGCCAGCAGGGCAGGGUCCUGGCCCCUCCUGCCCUCCCCAGCGAGCCCCAGCUCCACCAGAAGAACGAGGAUGAGUGUGCAGUGUGCCGGGACGGCGGUGAGCUCAUCUGCUGUGAUGGCUGCCCCCGGGCCUUCCACCUGGCCUGCCUGUCCCCACCGCUCCGGGAGAUCCCCAGUGGGACCUGGAGGUGCACCAGCUGCCUCCAGGGAAGAGCCCAGCAGGAGCUGCCCCGGGUGGAGGAGCCCCGGACCCAGGAGCCGCCUGUGGAGGCCCCGGUCCUCCUGGGACUGAGGUCGGCAGGAGAGGAGGCCAGGGGACCGCCCAGGGAGCUCCCGGCUGGGAUGGACGCUGCCGUCACCUACAAGCACCUGCUGGCCCCACCUUCCGCAGCACCCCUGCCGGUGCUGGACCCUUCAGCCCUGCACCCCCUACUGUGUGUGGGCCCCGAGGGGCAGCAGGGCCCGGCGCCCGGCGCGCGGUGCGGCGUGUGCGGGGACGGCGCGGACGUGCUGCGGUGCGCGCACUGCGCCGCCGCCUUCCACUGGCGCUGCCACUUCGCCGCGGGCGCCCCCCGGCCCGGGGCCGUCUUGCGCUGCAGAUCCUGCUCCGGAGACCCCGCCCCGGCUUCGGGGGAGGGGGCGCCCGCCCCGAGCCCCGCCCGGCCUGCUCCCGGGCCCGCUAAGGUCUCUGCGGCCGCCACGCCCGGUGCGCAGGCAGGGGACAAUUCUGCUGGUCACGAGCCCGUCCUGCACCGGGAUGACCUGGAGUCCCUCCUGAGCGAGCACAGCUUCGACGGCAUCCUGCAAUGGGCCAUCCAGAGCAUGUCCCGCCCGCUGGCCGAAGCACCCGCCUUCCCCUCCUGAUCCAGGAUGGCGCAGGCCGGCAGGGCAGUGUUGGGGGGAGGGGAGGCGCCUGUGGACGCAGCCUGAGCUGAAACUGGACCCUCCCUCCUGUCCCUGAGUCAGUGGACACCAGUGAAUGCCCACUCAUGCUCGCGGUGACUCCACCUAGGGGCACGCUCCCGCACCCCUGGAAGCCGUCUGGGUUAGGACAGAGAAGAAUUGAAAAGUUCCACGUGUUGUCAAUGCUCGGCUAGUCAACACAGCCCUGUCUUUAUGGAGACAUAAAGCCAUCGUGUCGCUGAAAUUAAAAUCACUCUGUGUGGUUUUGACAUGCUCUCCGGUGGGGUGUUUUUGUUUUGAGGGGUCUGUCUCCCUGUGUUUCUGGUGCCUGAAGUGUAGGUUGGGCUGGCUGGAAGGGAACUUGCCACAGUGGGAAGAAAAAGGCCUGUGAGCUGGAAUCACACUGACAAGUGAAUAGCGGGCUCCAUUCCAGUGGCUUCC